AUGAUUGUGUGUGUUUGUGCUCUCUCUCUCUUUCUGUUGGUUAAGGUCGAAGAAACAGAUUCCAGUCCUGGAUCCGUUGAAAUUGUCUCCGUUGUAGAAGAUGAACUGCCAGGAUCUGAGCUCUGCUUUUUCUACAAAAGAUUGUUCUGCCUGCAACAAGCAAUAGAUCCCGGUGAAAAUGAAAAUGGAGACAUUCCGACACCUCCGUGCCAUGGUUUAAUUCCACUCGGGCUGCUUCCCCUUAUCCUUGCCUUAUUACUCACUGUAAUCAUAGCAGUUGCCAUUGGCCUGGGAAUUUACUUCAACUGCAUUGGGGGAUUUCGGUGCAGGUCGUCCUUUAGAUGUAUUGACCAAACAGCAAGAUGUGAUGGAGUCUUCAACUGUAAAGAUGGAGAGGAUGAGUAUAGAUGUGUCAGACUGAGUGGCAAGAAGGCUGUGCUGCAAGUGUUUGCUUAUGGAGCCUGGAGGACUGUGUGUUCAGAAAACUGGCAAGAAACCUAUGGAAGAGUUACAUGUAAAUACUUAGGUAUCUCAAGCUUUGUGAGUUCGAGGGCCUUCCCGGUCACCGCUAUUGAAGCAUUUCAGAGGCAUUUUGUUGCUGCAGAUCAUUGGUUGUCAGCUGAUCAGCUGACAUCUCCACAGAACACUACAUCCUUACGAGAAGAGUGUGCCUCAGGCUAUGUGAUUAUUCUAAAAUGUUUGGCGUGUGGUGCUAGGUCCAGGUAUGCCCCCCGUAUAGUGGGAGGAAAUGCAUCGAUGCCCCAGCAAUGGCCAUGGCAAGCCAGCCUUCAGUUUCAAGGAUAUCAUUUGUGUGGUGGAUCCAUCAUCACCCCUUGGUGGAUUGUAACAGCAGCCCACUGUGUUUAUGAUUUGUACUUCCCAAGAGCUUGGAGUGUGUAUGCAGGCUUUGUAAUACUCGAAGAAGGCCAUGCUAAUCCAUAUUUAGUGGACAAAAUUAUAUACCAUAAAAAUUAUAAACCCAAAACAAUGAAGAAUGAUAUAGCAUUGAUUAGGCUGGCCAAACCACUUGCACUAAAUGGUAAUAUAGAGCCAAUUUGUCUUCCUAAUUUUGGAGAACAUUUUCCAGAGGGGAAAAUGUGGAUAUCAGGAUGGGGAGCUGCAGAAGAAGGAGGCGAAGAUUCUGAAUUAGCUGGUGUCCCUUUGAUUUCUAACAAAGUGUGCACCAGAGAGGUCUAUGGAGGAAUUGUGGCUACGUCAAUGCUCUGUGCAGGUUAUUUACAAGGAGGCAUAGACACAUGUCAGGGAGAUAGUGGGGGACCAUUGGUAUGUGAAGAUCGGAACUGGAAGCUGGUAGGAACAACCAGCUUUGUGGGCUGUGCAGAAGAAAAUAAACCAGGGGUCUACAGUCGCAUCACCUCAUUUCUGGAUUGGAUACAUGAACAAAUGGAGAGAGAAGAAUGGAAGAGAGGAGGUUAGAUCAUUACCACAUAAACUCUUCAGAAUGUUUGUUUGGGACAGAGAAGACAAUCAACUUUCGUCCUGCACAGUUUUUGCACUUCCUAACAGAAGAGCUGCUACAACUAUCUUUUGCACUCAUCCCUUUAAAAUGCACUAUGUCACAAUGAAGAAUAUCCAAGUAUUUUGAUGGUGUCACCCAGUUUUCAGGUGUAAGCAUGCCUGCAUGCCAAGAACCCUUCUCUCCUAACCCACCUAUUCCUGGUGAACUGAGAUAGAAAAGGAAGAUUCCAGAUCAUUAGGCCAGCAAAGUGAAAAGUAUGGACAGGUUUACUGGGUUUGCUGCCUGCCUGAAACAAGAAGAUACAACCAGGGCAGGAAGGUGGUGCCCAUCUCUCAAUUGAUGGUAGAAAUAGUGUACGAUGUUGGCUGGGUGCAUU